AUGGCUUCCUUAGUGAACGAGAGUAGUGAUUCACAAUUGAAGAAAGGAUGGAUGGAAAACUCUUUAUCCUCUUUAUCAACUCCACCUCUGCAACUUAUAGCCAUAGUUGGUAUCGUGGUGUUCUUAUUGUGGAUUUCAUCAUAUAUAAACAUGCAAUCAACUAGCACCAAACUUAACUUGUUGCUCUUGUUUUUGACACUUGUGAUUACUCUCAUCUCUUUGUUUGGACGACACGUGGCUCCGACAUCUAUUGUGACAAAUUUGGACGGUGGAGAUGGAGGACAAUCUACCUGGGGUUCGGUUGCUGUACUUGUGUUUCUUUUGGUUUUCAUAUCAAACCGACUUCAUCCUGUCUUUGUUGUUGCAAUUGUUUUUCUAUAUAUGUAUGUAUCAUCUUUUUAG